UCGUCUGCUGACGCUUCAUCGAAGUGAGAAUGAUCGUUGUGGAUGGAGUUCUGAUCUCUGUCUCGCCUGAGGGAAAGAGUUCUCCGCUUGGAAGAGAAAUCCUAGCUUCUUUGCUGGAGCUUCCUGCGUUGAUCUCGGCCGCCGAGCGGCUUAAAGCCACUCCACAGUGGAAGUUUUCCGUCUCGGAUGAGCAAUCUCCGCCAUUAAAGCUCGUUUAUGUCUUCCAGCACGAGUAUGCCACUGUGGAUCCCAAUCUUGUGCAUCUUGUGGGCACGGAUGAGGCUACGACAUGUGUGGGCCUUGUGAUCCGGAAUCCUAGAAAUGGAAUGGUCUCUGUUGCACACAUGGAUUUUGUUGGAGUUGUUGAUAUGGGACUCAGACAAAUGCUAAGCAUGAUUGUUGAAGAUGAUGAAAAUCCUAUAUUGGAUGUUCAUCUUAUUGGUGGCUUUGAGGAUGCACCCAGUGGAUUUGUUGACAAUGAUACCGGAUCAAAAUACCACAAGCACCCUGAUGGCUAUUCAAUGCCAUUGUGCUCUAAAAUCUUGGAAGCUUUACAUUGUCGUCCUGAGAGAUUUCAAGUCCAAACACUAUGUGUCCUUGGGCAUAACACCAAGAAAGAUCAAAAUGGAAAUGCGUACCCCGUUAUUGGUGGAUUUCUGCUAGAUACUUCAUCUGGAUCAGUUUUUCCUGCUUCAUUUGACAGUACAUCAAGAGUUCCAGAUGAAAUUGUCAGGAGGGUGAGGGUUACUGUUUGUUCUAUGGAUUCUAGCUGGGAGGGGAAAUUACUUGAAACAUAUGAUACAAAGCAAGAUAGAUUUCAGAUUGCAUCUUGCUCUUGGUCUUCAGGGUGGAGGCAAUAUGUUCUUUCACUUCAGCAACUCUCUGAUUCUGAAAUCCUGUCCCAAUGUUCUACAUCACCUGCAGCAGAACCCCCUGAUUUUGUGGAAAAUGAAAGAAGAAAAUGGGCCUAUAUGAUCGAGUAUGCAGAUUGGGACGCAAACCUUUCCCGGAAGGAGACCUCGGAUAUUUGAGAGGACCAGUGAUGGAAAAUGGAUGAGAUGCACAUAAAAUUCAUCUUUUUAUGUACUUAAUUCUUCACAAGAGUUAACACAGUUGUCAUGUGUAAACUAUACAACAUUUUUUUCUAUUACCAAUGAAACAUAUGAUGUCAAAUGUUUUU